UGUUGGGGAAAUAUUACCGACGGUCCGCUAACACGAACAUCAGAUGGACUGCAGCCGUGGGAACUUUGAAUAAGCGACUGCUUAUUCACUGAAAUAAUAAUCGCCAUAAAGCGGAUUUUUUUUCCAGGUCAGACAGACCCAGCGGUAUAAUGCAUUUCUAUGAAAUGAGCAGUAGACUGAUCGGGGACACUGUUUCCAAAGUGACCGACAACGUGACCACCGUGGUGCUGGCAGCCUCUGUCAUCACUCUCAUUCUGGGAUAUGUUUCUAAAGUGCUGCUCAGACAGUCCUCGGACAAGGACCUGAAGUAUCCACCUUACAUUCCCUCCAGCAUCCCCUUCCUGGGUCAUGCCAUUGCGUUUGGAAAAAGUCCCAUUGAGUUUCUUGAGAAUGCUUAUGAAAAAUACGGCCCAGUGUUCAGUUUCACCAUGGUGGGGAGCACAUUCACCUACCUGCUCGGCAGCGACGCAGCCCAGCUGAUGUUCAAUAGCAAGAACGACGACCUGAAUGCAGAGGACGUCUACUCCAGACUGACCACGCCGGUGUUUGGCAAAGGAGUAGCCUAUGAUGUCCCCAACCCUGUCUUUCUGGAACAAAAGAAGAUGUUGAAGACUGGACUGAACAUUGCUCAUUUUAGGGAACACGUGAAAAUCAUCGAGGCAGAGACCAAAGAGUAUUUUCAGAGAUGGGGAGACAGUGGGGAGAGAAACCUGUUUGAGGCUUUGUCUGAGUUGAUCAUCCUGACGGCCAGCAGCUGCCUACAUGGGAAGGAGAUCCGCAGCAUGCUGAAUGAGCGAGUGGCCCAGCUGUAUGCUGACCUGGACGGAGGAUUCAGUCACGCAGCCUGGCUCCUGCCCGGCUGGCUACCGCUGCCCAGCUUUAGGAAAAGGGACAGAGCUCACAGAGAGAUCAAGAACAUUUUCUUCAAGGUGACUCAGAAGCGCAGACAGUCUGGAGAGAAAGUGGACGACAUCCUGCAGACCCUCAUCGAUGCCACCUACAAAGACGGACGACCUCUGAACGACAACGAGAUCGCAGGGAUGCUGAUUGGUCUCCUCCUGGCGGGUCAGCACACAUCCUCCACCACCAGCUCCUGGAUGGGUUUCUUCAUGGCCAGAGACAAAUCUCUGCAGGAGCGCUGCUACGCCGAGCAGAAGGCUGCGUGUGGAGAAGACCUGCCUCCACUCGACUAUGAUCAGCUGAAAGAUCUCAACUUGCUGGAGCGCUGUUUGAAGGAGACCCUGCGUCUCCGCCCGCCCAUCAUGACCAUGAUGAGGAUGGCUCGCUCUCCCCAGACUGCAGCAGGAUACACCAUCCCUGUAGGCCACCAGGUCUGCGUUUCCCCGACUGUCAACCACCGUCUGUGCGACACCUGGGACAAGAGGUUGGAGUUCAAUCCUGACCGCUACCUCGACGAGAACCUCGCUGCAGGGGAGAAGUUUGCCUACGUGCCGUUCGGAGCAGGUCGCCAUCGCUGCAUCGGGGAAAACUUUGCCUACGUCCAGAUCAAAACCAUCUGGUCCACUUUACUGCGCAUGUACGACUUUGACCUGGUGGACGGAUAUUUCCCCACAAUCAACUACACCACAAUGAUUCAUACCCCUAACAACCCCGUCAUCAGAUACAAGAAGAGAACACAGUGAGAGACUGAAGGAAGAGCAUCUAAAGUCAAAACAUCCUGAGUGUUUGAACUUCCUAGGACUUGAAUUUAGGAUUAAGAUUUUCACGACUGCACUUUGCUCCGCCUAACUGUCCGAACUUUGACCGUUUGUGCUUCUUUUAGCACUUUUUUUUUUUUUUUUUUUUUUUUUUUUAAAUCUGAACCUCAACAUUAAUCCACGAAUGUUUGAAACUUUCCAGAGAUAAUUACACCUACUGUAUGACUCUGACUGGAAAACAGAUGCUAAUAUUCACAAUGUGAAUUCUUCAGAAUAGAAAUGGUUAGUAAUGCAGUGCUUUGAUGGCGGGGAAACAUCGAUUCAGUGCUUCAUUCAUUCCUUCCUUCCUUCCUUCGGGGCGCAUACAAUUUUAUUAAGCGGUAAAACUGACUUUAGUCCAUAUUCCAGAUUUGAGUUUUCAGCCUCCCAUGAAAGUGACAUUGCAACAUUUACUGCAUUAAACAUAUGAAUAAAAAUAAAAAUAAAAAGGUUCUUACUGUGCCCCCCUGUGCGCAGAGUAAUGAAUCAGCUGUUGUGGAUGAUCAUCCACACGGAAUCAGAGGUGAUGCAAAACUUUAAAAACACUAAAGGUCAUCCCAUAUUUUAGGAGAACUUUAUUUAAAGGCGAUCUGUACUACAGUAAUUGCGCCUGUAACUCGGAUCUUUUGUUUUGAAAGCAGAAAGUUACGUCUCUGCAAAAAGCGCGUUGUGUCUUCUUAUUACAGAAAAUAUUGUGCUCAUCUCUGCAUGUUUUUGGUCUACUUUGUUCUUUGCGAUGUUUGUUUCUUGCGUUCCAGAAAAAAACCUGUUGAUAAUGUCAAACAUUAUCAUUUGUAAUUCCUUCUUUCAAUAAAGAAACUUUCAAAAACACAAACUUAAGCCAAGUUUAUUGAAAAACUGUUUCAGUACAGCAACGUCCAUCAUGUGCCUGUAAAGCCUGUGUGUAAAGAUCACUUAUCUUGAAAAGAGAGAUGUUGAAUUUUUUUUCCCUCAAUAGCUUUGCCCCCCAAAAUUUCCAUUUUUUAGUCAGUGGUUUAACAAGAAAUGAAAAAUACAUAACUCUUUCAAAUAAUGUAGUCCUCUUUAUUUCAGUUUUUGACAAAAUACCCAGAAAAUUCAAAGCUCCUACACUUUACAAAAAUACGCUCUCUACAAAUGUCCUCUGUAGUCUGUCUGGCCUAAACAAAACACAGUGUAGUGUAGAAUAUCCAGUAGCAGCCGCCUCCUCAACAAUAAACCCAAACAUUCUCUACAUAACGCUCCACCCAUACAACACAAACAUAUAAAUUAAUCACGAGGUCUUAAAUUAGCAUUAGACAAAUAUACAUGAUUGUAGUUCGUUCACAACAAAGAGGCAGAUUAAAUUACAAACAUAGCUGUUUUUCAAGU